AUGUCGAAGGACUGGGCUGAAGCAGAUGAGGAGACCUUUCCCGACGUGGCGGAGGCCACCGCGCCCGCACCGUCCAGCGACAGCCAGGCCCAGGGCGGCGGCGGCGGCGGCGGCGGCGGCGGCGGCGGCUACGGCAACAACAGGGACGGUGGUGGUGGCGGCGGCGGCGGGUACGGCAACAGCAGGGACGGGUACGGUAACAACAGUCACGGCGGUGGCUACGGUGGCGGCGGUCGGGACGGUGGGUACCAGGGCGGCGGCGGUGGCGGGUACCAGGGCGGCGGUCGAGACGGCGGGUACCAGGGUGGCGGCGGCGGCGGGGGCUACGGCGAUAGACGGGGCGGGGGAGGGGGGUACGGAGGUGGGGGAGGCGGAGGCGGGCGCGAGUACGAGGAAGUCCCGGUGCCUGAUGCUCCGCCGUACAAGGCGCUAGUGGGCAACUUGCCGUACAGCGCACACGAGAACGAUAUCGCCGAGUUUUUCCACCAGUGCGGAGUGAACGACGUCUACCUCGUCCAGGAUCGCACAACGGGUCAGGCCAAGGGCUUCGGGUAUGUGACCUUCGGGGACAAACAAGGCCUGCUAGAUGCAUUAAAAAUGACCCAAAGGAAUCUGGGAGGCCGCGAUGUGCGCGUCGAGGUGGCGAAGCCUCAGAGAGGGGGCGGGAACCGUCGUGGGUACGGUGAUGGCGGAGGAUUUGGUGGGGGCGGCUUCAGCGGGAGUGGAAGACAGCAGGGUGGCGGUGGCUACCGGCAGGGAGGGGGUGGGCGGGACGACUACGGCGGUGGAAGGGGUUACGGUGACAGGGACGGAGGCUACGACCGAGGUGGGGGGGGUUACGGCCAAAGUCGGGGUGGGGGUGGCAGCAGGGACGGCCGAAGGAACAGCGGCGAAGGCCAGCAGGGCUACGAAUCCUUCGGCUCUCGCCAAAGGGAGGACAGGGGAAGCUCCGGCGGCGGUGGACAAGACGGACCCAUCGGGGCCGGCGGCCCUGACGUGCCUGCCGGCGCCGAAGCGCCACCCAGCGGCGAGAGACCCAGGCUGAAGCUGGCGCCGCGCUCCAAACCGGCCGCCGGCCAGGCCGCCGCCGGUGCGGCGGCUCCCGCCCCGGCCUCGUCGAAGAAGGCCAGCAUCUUCGGGGGCGGCAAGGCACACGACGAAUUCGCUUACGAGAAAGCGAAGGCGGCGUCUCGUCCGGCCGCGUCUGCCGGCCGUGGUGGCGGAGGAGGUGCUACCGGUAGUGGUGACGCUCCUGCCGGAGGAGGGGGAGGGGGGGGGGGUCGCGGUGGGCGGGGUAGCCCCGGUGCCGGCCGCGGCUCCGGCGGACGCGGCGCGGGGGCAGGCCGCGGGUCUCCAGGUGGUCGCGGAAGGGGCGGCGGCGGCGGCAGGGGCGGUGAUAAGAAGGACAGCGGUGGCGCCCCUCCGGCGACCCCUCCCCCGGCGACGAAGGCUGCUGGCGGCGCCGGUGCCGAUGCUCCUCCCCCGGUCCCCGUGACGCCAUCGCCUGCAUCGACUGCAACUCCUGCCUCCAAGGGAGGAGAGGAUGGCUGGAAGUCGGCCAAGGCCGCAGGAGGCAAGGGUUCGGCCACGAAGGGUGCUGCCACUGCUACGGCUGCCGCCGUCGAUGCGUCGGCGGGCGAGGCGGACAAGGCAACGGCGAAGGUCGAUAACAAGUUCUCAGCCCUCAACAUGGACGACGACGAAUGAUAUGCCCCAGCUUUUAUUCAAAUAUGAUACGACUCACGUGGCAAACCGGGACACCUGCUGUACCCUCUGCCGGGAGAAUAAAGUUAGGGAAUGUGGGUUGGUUUGGCUUGACGGAAAUGGCCGUGCGCAUGCGGUGUGGCCUACGGGCAGAGGAGGUGUUGGAAAUAACGUGUCGGUGGUACUAUGUCAGCUGACCACGCGUUGUCCGAGACUAUUGUUUGGUGGUAGAGCGUAGUUUGGGUAGGAAAGGCAAGCCCCGCCACUGAAUUAGGUUGCCAUUUGCUGUCGAUAUGUGGAUGACCCAUCCUUCGGAAAGAUAGGUACACGGCAUUGGGAUCGGAGAGAGGGAUGGGUUUUUAGAAACCGUUUGAACGGUGUGGGGACCGGACCGCCUUCGAGCAACGUGAUAGCUUGGACGUGUUUGUUGCGGGGUGCAAAACGAGAGGUCUUGCUGGGCUUCGGCGCGGACUGUGCGUCUCUGGUCAAGUUGUGUGGUCCAGUCCUAUCGCAUGAGCUGACUCUGUUGUGGUGCUGCUUCAAUAUUUGCCCGUACCUGACUAACAGCAGUAGUUCGCGGCCGAUCGAUGCAGUAGCACUGUUCCAGGGACCUAGCCAGGAUGCACCGUAGUAGAUACACGUGGGACUUGCUGGAUUAGCUGUGCAAAUGAAAAUGUGUAUAGCUUUGAAGUUUAUAUGGAAUUUUUCCAUGUCUGGCUGAUUCGUCACCCCGCGCUCGCUCGCAUAUAGACUUUUACGCACAGCGAGUACAUUGUCUUUGUUUUGCUCUUUCACAUCGUAGGGCGAAUUAAUUUCCCACUUCUUGGGGUACACACACCCCUGGUCCACUUUUGCCUAAAAAUAUACCUUUGUCAGACCAACCAAACGGUCCGACUUGUGCGUGAAGGUUUUAGUCGUAGAUUAGUAAUUUAUGUACACGCGCACGUCGUGCGACUAGGUCCUAAUUUACGCCGUAUGCAGGCCAUGUUGUUUUUCCUGGCUUGCUCGGGUCUAUGGGGGAAGGCUUCAACGAGAAGGCGUUCGGAGUCUCAGGAAGCAGGUACUUUAGGUUGGGUGGAAGGUACUGUAUGUUGGCUUUAUUCCUCACGACAAAUGUUGUCGGCGCUCAGAAAAUCGUGUGUGUGCUAUGCAGUGAUGCAUAUGAUGGACAUUCCUGGCUAACAGCGAGCAACUUUGUAGCACACGGCGUUGUUCUUU